GUUGGUUACAUAGUACCUAGGUUAGGUAGCACAAGUAGAAUCAUAGCGAUUAUUAUACCCUAACUUACCUAACCUUAUAGGCAUGUACAAUACCUAAUAGCGAUUAGCGAACUAAAAUCAUAUGUCACAAACGCGAUAAAGAGACAAGACAUCGGCGCCGCGUACAGUCUCCGUGUCUGUAUUACACUAUGUGCUACACACUCAUAAUCCCCUUUCAACCUUGUCUUGUUCCCAACUGUUUCUGCUCGCGUCGUAAGCACGCCAGCCUCUUCUUAAAGAUCGGCAAGGAAAAGAAAACUUUUUCUUUCCUCUGAUUCUUGACUGGGGAAAUUCACGCAGAGGCAAUUGGGACAUCUGCAUCCGAAGAAUCUCAGGUUGCCUCGAGUUUAGCUUCAGGACGAGAGACUACAAUAACUUGGCACGUUGAAACUACGACAAGGUCUCUUGGCUUGGGAAUUCAAUUAUCAAAUCGCCAAGAAAUAACAACCUCACAAUGCCAUGCAGCAGCAGUUCAUCGAGCAGCAGCUCCUCGAGCGGCUCCUCCACCAAAAGCAUCCGCAAAGGGGAUACCGGCGGCCCCGAAGUCACCGCAACUGAGACAACGCCGUUGCUGGCCACAUCUCCGGUGACCAUAACCAACGACUCGGACGUUGCCACUGCCGUCGCCGGAGACGAGGCCGGGUCUCACCAUCCGCUGCUCCCGAAGCCUGAGGAUAAACCGCUGCCCAAAUGGCAGAUUUUCUUUUUAUGCUAUGCGCGUCUUGUUGAGCCCAUCGCCUUUUUCUCUAUUUUCCCUUAUAUCAACCAGAUGGUGCAGCGGAAUGGGAACUUGGACGAAGCCGACGUAGGCUUCUACGGCGGCCUAAUCGAGUCUCUCUUCUCCUUAACCCAAAUGCUCGUGAUGCUCCCCUGGGGCCGCCUCGCCGACCGGUGGGGCCGGAAGCCCGUGCUCGUCUCCUCGCUCGUCGGCGUCGUGGUCGCCACCUCUUUGUUCGGCCUCGCGCAGACCAUCUGGCAGAUGAUCGUGCUGCGGUGCCUCGCCGGCGUCUUCGCCGGAACCAUCGUCACGAUCCGCGCCAUGAUCGCCGAGCACAGCACCCCGCGCACGCAGGCCCGCGCCUUCAGCUGGUUCGCGUUCAGCGGGAACAUUGGCUUGUUCAUCGGACCCUUGAUCGGGGGCGCGCUCGCGGAUCCCGCGGCCCAGUAUCCGGGCGCCUUCGGGGGCGUGCGGUUCUUCGAGGAGUACCCCUACGCGCUGUCGUCGCUUGUCGUGGGGUGCAUCGGUUUAACCGCCGUAGUGACCAGCGCCCUCUUCGUCGAGGAAACGCUGCACAAGAAAUCAUCUAACAAGCCCUCAUCAACCGACCCCGACUCCACCGCCGAAGCCGGCGGGCCCCCCAAACCCCUACCCUCCUACUCGGCCCUCUCCCUGCUCAAACGCCCCGACGUGCGCAUCGUGCUGUACAACUACAGCCACGUGAUGAUCCUCGGCUUCUCCUACACCGCCAUCGUGCCCGUCUUCUGGUUCACGUCCACCGCUCUCGGCGGCUUCGGGCUCACCCCCCUCCAAAUCUCCCUCUUCAUGGGCCUGACGGGCCUCUCCCAAGCCAUCUGGCUCCUCGUCGUCUUCCCGCCCCUGCAACACCGCAUCGGCACCAACGGCGUCCUGCGCGCGUGCGGCUACGCCUGGCCUUUUUUCUUCGCCGUCAUGCCCGUCAUGAAUCUGAUCAUGUACCAGGGGACGCGCGAGGCCGAGCUCGCGUUCUGGAUCCUGAUCCCGAUUUUGCUGGCCGUGGGCCCGGGGGUGAGCAUGGCGUUCACGGGCGUGCAGCUCGCGCUCAACGACGUGAGUCCCGCGCCCGAGGCGCUGGGCACGCUGAAUGCCCUCGCGCUGACCAUCACGAGCGGGCUGCGCGCGUUUUCGCCCGCGCUGUUCACGAGCUUGUUUGCUAUCGGGGUCAAGGACCAGAUUGUCUGGGGAUACCUGGUGUGGGUCAUCUUGGUCGUGCUCGCACUUGUCUACAUCGUCUCGUCGAGGUUCUUGCCGGAAGCUAGUGAAAAUGAUUACGAGCGUGGGACUGCUGAGCCGGAGGAGGAGCGAGAGGAAAGUUCCUAGUAAGAUGAGUGGAUGAGUGAUGAUUAUAAGGGGGUAAAAAGACUGGUUUGGCUACCCUUCUACGGUAUUUACGGUAUUAAGAAUAUAUGAGAGACAGAUUUUCAACCUUCACUUCGUAAAAGCGCCUGUAAAA